CCCGAACCUCCAGCCAAUCAGCAGCAGUCAGGGACACAUGAACGGUGAUAAUAUCCACGGAACAGGCUGGAGGCAGGAGGAACAAAGAACGCUGCCUUCACCUCGUUCACACGGACAAAUACCGACUCCGUAGAUGCUGGUUUUCUCGUUUCUUCAAACACUGACUCAGAACUGUUAGAUCUCACACUGUGUCUUUAGUCGGUGUGGUUGCUUUUGCUGAGGAAAGAGGGAACUUGGCGUCGUGUUGGGUCGUCUUAAGCGAAACCUUUUCGCUUUGAGUGCGCGCGUUGGAGAGAAACAUACGGAAGUAACCAGAGCUCGAUAGUGACCUUUGCCUUGUCCACUCCACAGUGAUGCACUUCUCUCCAGACUCCUGUACUCAGAUGGCUUAAGAGGAGUGCGGUCCCCCCUGGCUGAAGACAGCCCGUGUGUCCGAGGAAUCUCACCACCCAAGGCCCACUGUGUUGCCGCUGUGCCGAUGAGGUAACCUCAGGACCUACGGCCCCCUCAUUUCCACCCUCGGUCCAUCCAUCUCCCUCCCCUCUGUCCCUUCCUCCCUCCGACCCACCUCACCAUGGGCCAGAAAAUCUCUGGCAGUAUCAAAUCAGUGGAUGUUCGCGGGGAGCCCUCGUAUCGGCCAGUGCGCCGUGAACUGAGGGGCCCGGAUUUCUGUCGGCCCCCUAGGCUGGACUUACUACUGGACAUGCCAUCAGCCAGUUCUGAGAUGCAGCUCCGCCACGCCUGGAACCCUGAUGACCGGUCUCUCAAUAUCUUCGUUAAGGAGGACGACAAGCUGACGUUUCAUCGGCACCCAGUGGCACAGAGCACAGACUGUAUCCGAGGGAAGGUCGGCUACACCAGGGGCCUUCACGUUUGGAGAAUCCACUGGCCGGCCAGGCAGCGUGGCACCCAUGCUGUGGUUGGCGUAGGCUCUGCUGAAGCACUGUUACACUCAGUGGGCUACACGGCACUGGUGGGCUCGGACUCUGAGUCCUGGGGCUGGGACCUGGGUCGAAACAGACUCUACCACGAUGGAAAGAACCGUCCAGUGUCCACAUCCGCACCCACAUACCCUUGUUUCCUGGAGCCAGACGAGUCGUUUGUGCUCCCAGACUCUCUGACAGUUAUACUAGACAUGGACGAAGGAACUCUGAGCUUCAUGGUGGACGGACAGUAUCUAGGAGUAGCUUUCAGAGGGCUGAAAGGCAAGAGACUGUUUCCUCUUGUCAGUGCUGUGUGGGGGCACUGUGAAGUAUCGAUUCGCUAUGUCAACGGACUGGAUCCGGAGCCCCUCCCCCUCAUGGACCUGUGCAGACGAGUAGCUCGAUUGGCUCUGGGCAGAGAACGCAUCCAUCACAUCGACACACUCCCGCUGCCGCAGACUCUCAAGAACUACCUCCAGUACCAGUGACCCUACACAAACACAGACUGAGGAGAACAAUCUGUGGCUCACGUGUUCUUUGAAUGAUCCGCCUCCAUACUGAACUUCACCCCAACUUCUGGGAAGGAUGUGGACGAUAACCUUCUGAAGACAGGCGACGAAGACAGGCGACGAAGACGGCGCUGCAGGGGGGUUUGUUUACAACAUAUGGGGGGUUUCCAUUUUGGUGUUUUUUUUUAUCUUCUGAUUUUUUUUUUAUUUUUUUUUUUGUUGUUGCUGACUGCUGUCUUUCUCCUGGACUGACGUGAAGAGGAGCUGAUGAUAAAUGAAAGGAGCAAGAGAUUAAAAAGAGAAUUAUCGACCAGUUUAGAGAAGUAGACCAGGUAGGGAAGUCAGACUCCUUGUCCUCAGUUAGUACGGCCGUGUACACUAUGGGGUUUCUUUUGCUAAGGUUUACCUUCACAGCUGUUCUGCACAGUCUCCGUGGACGCCUCCUGGCAAAUAUGUUGGUAUUUAUAUUUAUAUUCCCAACAGCGCAGCAGGCUCUGGAGAUGCAACAAUCCCUCCAAGCUACAGGAGAGAGAGAGGAAGGGGGGAAAGUCCACACACAGGUCUAUUUCUGUUUGUGUGUACACAGUGCAGCACACAUGGGUUACAGAUAUACAGUGUGUGUUUGUCAGUGUGAGUUUGUCAGGAGUGUAAAGAAACAAAGCCUCAACUUUGUGAAGUCAGAACACAGCUCACUGACAAGCUGGCAGUUAGCACCUACAGGCUAAAAAACACAACAGACUCCAGUCUGAUCUGAACUUCUCUCUCUCUCUCCGUCUGAUUCAAGCCUCCAUUGCUUUCCUCCGUCGGCUCUCUAGCUCCUGUAACGCUGAUAGAGAUUGAUCCCGAGGUGAAGCCGUGUCUUUGACUGCUAAUGUGCCUGCUCCACGGAAACAAAGCACACGAGAACGCCCCCCACCCCCCACCCUGAAAGUUUAAAAUGCUGCUUUUCUGUCUUUUUCUUCCACUGUCUUACCUUCAUGUGAGGUUUUUUUUUUAUCCCUGAUUUACUUUUAAAGAUGAUGGUCUUAUGAUGAGAUUUUUUUUAAUGUUUUUUUUUUCCUAUGGAUUUUGAGAUUUGUCUGUGGGACCGGAUGUCUCACAGGUACAGGUGGAAGAAUGUGCUGCCAUGAGUCUUUUAAAUGUGAAUAAGAAUAAACUCAACUGAACUCA